AUGGAGUAUGAGCAAGCUGAGGACCUUGACUUUGCGGAUACGAUUAGUGAAAAGCAGCAAAAAAAGGCAUAUGAGGUUGACUUUACGGUGCUGCCUCUGUCAGAGAUUGUUGCCACACAGUCAAACUCAUCGAAUCAAGUAGCAGGCAUCCUCGGGGUCACACAAGAUCAGGCAGCUGCACUCCUGAGGACCUUCAAGUGGAACAAAGAGCGUCUCAUUGAGCGAUAUAUGGAAACACCUGAAGAGAUUUUAGAACAAGCUGGCUUAGACUUGAGUGAUAACCACACAUCAAUUCAAAAGCGUCCAAAGGGAUUUGUCUGUACAAUCUGCUUUGAUGACGAUGACAAUGGUUCUGCGGUUGGACUCAAAUGUGGCCACUUCUUUUGUCAACCCUGCUAUGAGCAGUAUCUGACACAAAAGGUUGCAGAAGAGGGUGAAUGCCGAAGAAUUUUGUGCCCAGAAUCAGGUUGCAGUGUUGUUGUAGACGAACCGACGAUCCUUAAAGUGAUUGAGGAACCAAUUGUAAAGAAAUAUCGAAAGCUUCAGGACAAAGCAUAUGUGGCUGAUGUGGAUACUCUACGGUGGUGCCCUGCACCGAAUUGCGAGAAUGCGGUCGAGUGUCGUCUUUCUCAUUCAUCCUUCUCGAUUAUUGUACCGACUGUUGCAUGCGCAUGCGGAAGCAAGUUCUGUUUUGGAUGUGGUCUGGGCGAUCAUCAGCCAGCCCAAUGCUCCUUGGUUAAGCUUUGGCUUAAAAAGUGCGCUGACGACUCUGAGACAGCCAAUUGGAUAUCUGCUAAUACAAAAGAGUGUAGCAAAUGCCAAUCGACAAUUGAGAAGAAUGGAGGUUGCAACCACAUGACGUGCCGUAAAUGUAAAUACGAAUUCUGCUGGGUAUGCAUGGGCCCUUGGACCGAGCACGGGACAAAUUGGUAUAAUUGUAAUCGAUUUGACGAAUCUAGCAGUACUGAUGCUCGCGAUCAGCAAGCAAAGUCUCGUGCCUCUCUCGAAAGAUAUCUUCAUUAUUAUAAUCGUUUUGCGAAUCAUGAGCAAUCCGCAAAAUUGGACCGAGAUUUGUACACGAAAACAGAGAAAAAAAUGGAGGAGAUGCAGCGGACGAGCGACUUAUCAUGGAUUGAAGUUCAAUUCCUCAAGAAAGCGGUGGAUGUGCUUACAACGUGCCGCACGACGCUUCAGUGGACGUAUGCAUUUGCAUUCUAUCUUGCCAAGAAUAAUAUGACAGAAUUGUUUGAAGAUAACCAGCGUGAUCUUGAGGUGGCUGUAGAAGCACUGAGUGAAUUGCUGGAGAAGCCAAUUGAGAAGGAAAAGAUUGCAGAGUUGAGACAACAAGUUCUUGACAAGACGGUGUAUGUUGGAAUCCGCCGUGAAGUCGUCCUGGAGGAUACAGCUAAAGGUCUUGCAGAGGGACGAUGGGAAUUCCGAGUUGAACCUGAAAAAUUGUAA